UGUAAUUGUAAUUUCAUAUUUCGUGGUUAAGGUAUUUGAUUCGAUUCCAUUCCCAUUUUUAUUUUUAUUUUUAUUUUUCCAUCUAUAAAUAAGAACGUUUCUCUGUGACCCUGCAAAAUCGAGUAACAAAACACAAUGGCCACUACUGAGGGAGAGGUUGAGAGAAAGACUCAUCAGGAACUGAAGCAUCUUGGAUUUGUGAAAAUUGCUGCGAUUCAAGCUUUCGUGUGCGUCACGAAUCUCUACGAAUACGCCAAGCAGAACAGUGGACCGUUGAGAUCCGCUGUCGGAACCGUCGAAGGGACCGUAACCACCGUUCUCGGCCCUGUUUACAACAAAUUUAAGGGCGUCCCCAAUGAUCUGCUUGUUUUUGCAGACAAUAAGGUGGAGGAAGGUACCCACAAAUUCGAUGAGCAUGCCCCUCCUGUUGUAAAGCAGAUUGUGAACCAAGCUAAGGGUUUGGUUCAUCAAGUGUCACACAAAGCGGAGAAAGUUGUGAGUGAGGCUCAUUCUGGAGGGGCUAAAGCAGCAGCACACUAUGUUGCUGCAGAGUCUAAGCAAAUUGUGGUGACUGGAUCAGUGAAACUGUGGUCUGGUCUGAACCACUACCCGCCCUUCCAUGCAGUGGCAGAGUUUGCUGUUCCUACCGCCGCACACUGGUCAGAGAAGUACAACAAAGUGGUGAAGAACAUGACUGGGAAGGGAUUUGCUGUGUUUGGGUAUUUGCCUUUGAUUCCCAUUGAGGACAUAGCUAAGGCAUUUAAACAAGGAGAAAACAAUGUGAAUGGAGAUGAAGCGAGAACAGAAUCCUCAUCUGACUCGGAAUGAGUACUAGCUAGCUAGCUAUAAAUUUCUGAACUAAAUCUGCUUAUGACUAAUCUUUGUUUGUAAGUUUAGCUUCAUGUGGGUAUGAAUGGAAAUGUAAGAAAUGGGAACAUGUAACUUUGCCAAGUUCAUGUGAUUAUAAUGUCAAUGGUGGGUUAAGUAGUCAUGAAACUUGUUUUUUUCUUUUUUCUUGCAUAAAUAUAAGGUUUUGAUUGUGUGUA